UUCUCGAUGUUUCUUAUUGUUUUUGUAACAAAUAAUAAUUUGGUAAACAAACGGUCGCCGAUUGAAAGUGGAUAUUGGAUUACCUAAAAUCCAAUUUCUCAAACCUAAUACCCAAACAGGACCAUUUCAGCUGGUCUGUUUAAGCAGCAUUUCAAACAUAAAGACUCUGGAAGAUUCGGCAAAUUAGUCCCAUCACGUAUGAAGAAGCAACCAUUUGUUUCAUUUCUGCAUGGAACGAAAAACUAUUGAUUUCAAGUCACCGGAACUAAAAAGUCUGGAUACUUUGAGCAGAAACCCGGCUUGAGUCUGUCUUUUAAUCGACCAAUUUAAAGGUUGGGUAUGGAAUUCUCCUUUUUUGCCAUUUUUGCAAAAUUACUUGAAAUCCUUAUGAUUACCCACUUACAGACAUGACAAUUAAACAAGUCAAUCAUCUGUGGAACGGGCAGGGCUCGAAAAACUCCAGCCAAUGAUUUCCAGAACCACCGAGUGGCAUUGGACAGUAAUUCAAUCAAACGGUCGUACUGCACUCCCCCCGCGCGUGACCCUUUCGUGCACAUACUCAAAGCGCGUGACCCAGAGCAAGCUCCUGUUUGUUGUUAUCCUGCGGUAGCUACUGGAGCUAGCUAACUAGCUAAUCCACAUUUGGACCUAGCACUAGAAAACUAUUUCCAUGGCAGACAAGACGCCACCACCACCACCACCAGCACCAGCAAACAGAAGGAAAUCAAUUUUUGAGAGAGCAAUUGAUAAUAAAAACGCUGAAAGAGAAAAACAGAAAUCAAGAGUAAUCCUAGGCGCUGCUUUCCCACGUUGGCGGCAACUGAAGGACGGGAAAAGUCUAAAAACCGAUGCUUGUGUGGCAUUUUUUCUGCUGGACAGUUAUGAUAAAUGGUGUUCAGUGGUUUCCAACAUUCAAGAGGGAUCGGUCUCAGAUUGCUGUAGGUUGGAGAAGGCUGGAGAUCGUCACAGGACAGGUGGCUCAGAGAUCAACCCGACAACCAACAUGUCUUAUGAGGAGGGCUGCACCGGAAUAACCUUUGAUAUAUCAGAGAUUACCUUUGCUGCUGAUGAAGACAGCGAUUGUUCAAAUCAAGAAGCGGUUGGAGAGGAAGAAGAGGAUGAGGAAACAGAAGAAACGGAGGGAUCAGAGGACGAGUUUGAUGACUCGGACCAGGAAUGGGGAAAGUGUAACCUCUCCGAAUCCGAGUUCUCUGAUUCUGACCAAUUGGAAAAAGAUGGCUCUUAUGAGAACAAAUGUCUUUCUGAAGUCCGUAAAAAGGUCCGGGAACUUUGUCCAGAUUGCGGUGGGUUUUUCACUGUGGGCAAGCCUCACACAUGCGAGUACAAAAUCAAGCCAAUUCUCUGCAAUGUUUGUGGUAAGAGGCUCAAGGAUGAGGCAGCCCUGAAAAGUCAUAGCAGAAUCCACACCGAAGACUACCGGCACUUCUGCAAGUUCUGUAUGGAACCCUUUAAAACGAGAAUCGAUAAACUGACCCAUCAGAGGGCCCACGUCCUUAAUCAAAAGCCCUAUAAAUGCCCCGACUGUGCAAUGACGUUUUCCAAGCUCCGGGCUCGAAAUUUCCAUUUGAAAGAACACCGGGGUCCCAACAGUGUUUCAUGUCCACAUUGUGCUUUGGUCUUCCCGGCUCCCCAUUGCUUAAAGAGACACAUGCUGGUGCACACUGGAGAGAGGCAGUUUGUGUGUGAGUUCUGCAGUCGAUCAUUCAACCAACAUGGCCACCUUAAAUCCCACCUGCGACUGCACACUGGGGAGAAGCCCUACCAGUGCCAGCACUGUGACAAGAGCUUCAAUCACAACGUCAGCCUGAAAAGUCACAUUAUGCGGUACCAUAACGCAACUUUCGACUCGGGGACCAUUGAACACGCAAAGGAGACGACGGAGAAGAUAGAACUAACCGCACCCAAGAUAGAUGAGAUGAAUGACGAGAUGAGCACCGAGGAUACGGGCGAGGUUGUUAUCGAUGAAGACCCCACACACGAGGAAGAACCAAAGAAGCAGAUCAAGAAGACUUAUCAUAGGUCAACUGGUAGACCAAAAGGAAGGCCCAAAAGAAAUGCAGCAACAGAGGAGUUCAGCUUGAUUUCCGCUGUGCAAGGGGAUGCCCUGGACAGAAUCACAGCAGCUGAGCCAUCAGAGGAGUGCCCAUUAAAGCUGGCAUCUUCCAAAGAUACUGAAAGUGAUUGGAGUGACAGAGAUCAAACCUCUGAACAUACAGAGGAGGACGAGGCAGAGGAAAUCAAGGGGAGAAAGCGGAAAGCCAGACAGACAGACAGUGACUCAGAAUUUGACCCUUCAGAGGCAAAGCAGAGACGGAAAAGCUUGCAAAAGCCAGGAAAUGUAGGAGGCCGUAGAGGAAGGCCGAGGAAUAGUAGAUUGGUCUGAAAAUCGACUGUUGACUGUUCCAUUAAUUUGCCAGAACUGAUUGGGGAUAGCAACAACAAAGUUAAAGAUGAUACCUAGGAAGUAUAACGCUAGGAAGUAUAUUUGAUGCGUGUGUUUUGGUUUUAAAACCUAAGAAAUUAUUAUAUUGAAAAUGCUACAAAAUUAAUAACGUGGGGCUGGUGGUGACUUUUGGUGGUGCUGUCUUUCAUGUGAUGUCAGUACAAACUUGACUUUGUGUAAUUGUUACCCAUUCUUCACUGACCAGAAACCCUUGAAUAAACGUCUUUAUUUUGAGGUUCUACCAUCGUAGUUGAAACAAGCAAAAAGUACAAUUGUUACAAAGUAAAUAUGGUGAAUUGGUUCUGGUUUUGUCGCUACCCCCAGCUGGUAACUUUCAUCAUGCUAAAAGCAGACUGUAGUUAUUUGGGAAUAGUGGUGAUGAAACAUUCUUAAAAUGUAUUCUUUAGUUAUUUAUCUUUAUUUUAUUUUUUCAAAUCAAGCAUAUUUUCUGAGAAAUUAUAAAUGUUCCCGUCCAUUUUCUAGCCGCUUGUUGCCUAAUAUCAUUUUCUGUUCAUAUAAGCAAAUAAUGUUUUUGCUAUGCACAUUAUGCAAUUAUUGACAUCUUAAUCAGCUGAAAUAAAUAGUUUAUUCCCAG